UAAUUGAUGAGUCAGAACUUAAAAAUGAAGACAAGUUUAUCGACAAAACCAAAAAAGGGAUAUACAGGAACAAGAUAAUGAAGUACAAAUGUUAAAGGAAAAAAAUCCAGAAACAAAGAUUUACCAUGUGAAACUUAACGAGAGAGAAACCAGUUUAGUUAAAAGAGAUAAACAACUAAUUGAUGUUAUAACAGUCAAUGCAACGACUGAAGAUGUGACAACAAUAAUAGCGGAAAUAGGGGAAGAUGGAGAAGAUGUUGUAGUUAAUAUAGAGCAAGGACAGGAGAUGACAAUACAAAUUAAUGAUGUAGAUCAAGAAGAGACAAACGAAGAAGUAAAUGAUCAAGAAGAGAUAAAUGAAGAAGUAAAUGAUCAAGAAGAGACAAAUGACAAAGUAAAUGAUCAAGAAAAACAAAAUGAUCAAGAAGAGACAAAUGAAGAAGUAAAUAAUCAAGAAGAGAUAAAUGAAAAAGAAAAUAAUCAAGAAGAGACAAAUGAAGAAGUAAAUGAUCAAGAAAAGACAAAUGAAGAAGUAAAUGAUCAAGAAGAGACAAAUGAAGAAGUAAAUGAUCAAGAAGACACAAAUGAAGAAGUAAAUGUUCAAGAAGAGACAAAUGAUGAACAAAACAGACACGAAGAGACAAAUGACAAAGUAAAUGUUCAAGAAGAGACAAAUGAUGAACAAAACAGACACGAAGAGACAAAUGACAAAGUAAAUGAUCAAGAAGAGACAAAUGAAGAAGUAAAUAAUCAAGAAGAGACAAAUGAAGAACAAAAUGAUCAAGAAGAGACAAAUAAAGAAUUAAAUAAUCAAGAAGUGAUAAAUGAAGAAGAGAUAAUCAAGAAAAGA